GCAUUUUCCACGCUUUUGGGGUGUGCUAUAAAAUUCCAUCGCACGCGGCUUUUUAACCCUCAAUUUUCCGCAGCAUUUCACAAUCGCAGCAAACCGGUCAUUAAUUGAAGUAGGAGUACCUUUGAGUGCAGUUCGAACAUGUGCAUCGCAUCCCAGCCUACUUGGUUAGUUGUGGGCAGUUGUAAAUUCAGCAUAAUCGAGGGUUUCCCUGUCUACAUCUGGCUCGUGGCUCGGGAUGGUCCCUCUCUCUCUAUUGCCCGCCUAAUCAAUUUGGUUGAUUACAGUGAUUCCCGGAAGAGGGCGGGAAUCGGGACCAAUUCGGAUAGUACAAAAGCAUUGAGGCGACGAGGCCGUUCGCAUAGAGUUCGACAAAAUGUUGAUGGAAAACUGUCCCAUUAUCAGUGUAAACGUUCGAGUUUGGCAAUUCUGGGGCUAUCUGCAGCGGCCUAAGUGGUACAUGUACUUGGUCGGAUGCGUCCCGGUGACGGUCCUAAAUGCGUUUAUGUUCGCGAAUUUGUUCAAUGUUAUUUUCUCUGGGCAAGGCGACAUGAAUACAAUCAUCAUCGAUGGCUAUUUUACGGUGCUUUAUUUCAACCUGGUGCUGAGGACCACUUUUCUGAUGAUCAAUCGAGAGAAGUUCGAACAGUUCUUGGAGGAGAUUGCUGAUGAAUACUCAGUCUUGGAGAAACGGAACGACGUUCGGCUGCUGCUGGAACAGUUGACUCGGCGCGGCCAAAUUUUAUCGAAAUCAAAUCUUUGGCUCGGGGCGUUCAUUAGUGCCUGUUUCGUGACCUACCCGCUGUUUUCGCCGGGCAACGGCCUGCCUUAUGGGAUGUUUGUGCCCGGGGUCGAUGUCCAUGCCAGUCCCAUCUACGAGAUUGUGUUCGCGCUCCAAAUUUAUCUCACAAUUCCGGCGUGCUGUAUGUAUAUCCCUUUUACCAGCUUCUACUGCACCAGCGCCCUAUUCGGACUGGUCCGGAUUUCCGCAUUGAAACGGUCGCUGGAACGGAUCCAACAGUUCAAUGACUCCGAAAGUUCGCUGCUCGCCAAACUGAAAGAAUGUUUCCGAAAGCAUAAAGAUGUCAUCAAAUACGUUGCUGAUUUAAACGGACUGGUAACCUACAUUUUUCUGCUUGAAUUUUUGUCCUUCGGGUUGAUGCUUUGUGCUCUACUUUUUCUGCUCAGUAUCAGCAAUCAGCUGGCCCAGAUGACAAUGAUUGGCUCGUACAUAUUCAUGAUUCUGUCGCAGAUGUAUGCUCUCUAUUGGCAUUCGAACGAGAUUCGUGAACAGAGUUUGGAAAUCGGUGAUGCGAUGUACUACAACAGUGCCUGGCUCAACUUUAGCGUACCGUCUAAAAAAUCAAUUAUGUUUAUGAUAGCUCGUGCUCAACAACCGUUGGCGAUCAAGGUGGGAAACGUUUUUCCGAUGACUUUGGAGAUGUUCCAGGCCCUGCUGAAUGCAUCGUACUCGUACUUUACUCUGCUAAGGCGUGUUUACAAUUAGAGUGGACACAUCUUAUCUCAAACAAAUACACUCACUCAACAUAUUUGUUGGUCUGCUUAAAGUUCAACAGAUGUUUAUGUCUGAGUCAGACUUUAAAGGUUUAGUUAAGCACGCCACAGUUAUCUUACGCGAUAAAAUAAAAUUCAUUCUA